AUGGCUCCACCAAUUGUUGUCAAAAUUGUCAACGUAUUCGCUUUUAUUUUUCUUCUAGGAUAUAAUAGUUACGCUGGUUUAUUUGGUGAACCUGAUAAUUCUCCUUAUCAUAAUACUCACCCAAAUUACUUUACUCCAGCAUGUUUUGUUUAUGGUGUUUGGGCUCUCAUUCAUGUCUUGUUACUUGGAUUUGUAAUCUACCAAUUUUUCCCCGCUGCCAAUGAAGUCGUUUAUGAUGGUAUCCAUUGGCACUUCCUUUCUAUUAAUGUGUGGAAUUCCGUUUGGUUAUUUGCAUAUGAAACAAACCAUACUAUUCUUGCUAUAAUUCCUAUCCUUUUCUUGCUUGGACAAGUAUCUUACGUUUACGGCACAAUUAAAUUUAGAUAUCCUGCUCAAACAUGGGGAGAAACUUUAUGGAUUCAUGCACCAUUUUCUCUCUUCCAUGGAUGGGCCUUUGUACUUACUAUACUCAGUUUAUUCGUUGCAUUUAGUCAAGAAAAGGUGGAUGAUGGAUCUCCCUCCAUCCUUACCAAAAUCCUUGUUUUCUUUGGUUUAGCAGUUCUUGAAUCUGUUGCAGUUGGUUAUAUUGAAAAAUGUAAAGGUGAUAUUACUGGUGCCAUUGUUAUCGAUUUGACUCUUUAUGGUAUUGCUGUAGAACAAGAUGAUCCUUUCAUCCGUUGGACCGCAAUUAUAUUCGGUGUAAUCACUUCAUUCCAUAUCCUUAAGCCGAUCGUCAAUAUGUUCCUUCAUAGAAGACGUGAAGAAGGUGCACCACUAUUAGGUUAA